GGGCACCGGGGGGCACCGGGGCUGUGGGGGCCGGGAACGGGGGCACCGGAGGGAGCAGGGCCGGGGGAACCGAGGGAACUGGGAACCGGCGAGGCUGAGCCCGGGGGAACCGGGAGGGGACCGGGAGCCGCCCGGCAGCGGGCCCCAAAGUGCAGGGAUUUGGGGAAACGGCCCCAAAAGGCCGCUGAGAGCCCCGUGCCCCCGGCAGGAUGAACGUGGGCGUGGCGCACAGCGAGCUGAACCCCAACACGCGCGUGGCGAGCAGCCGCGGCAGCUGGCUGGCCUACGGGCUGGCGGUGGGCGCCCUGCACGUCGUCCUGCUCAGCGUCCCCGUGCUCAGCGUCCCCGUGGUCUGGACGCUCACCAACGUCCUGCACAACCUGGUGAUGUACUUGCUGCUGCACACAGUGAAGGGGACCCCGUUUGAAACCCCCGACCAGGGCAGGGAUCGCCUCCUCACGCACUGGGAGCAGAUCGACUACGGGAUGCAGUGCACCUCCUCGCGCAAGUUCCUCAGCAUCUCCCCGGUGGUGCUGUACCUCCUCACCAGCUUCUACACCAAGUACGACCCCGCGCACUUCGUGAUCAACACGGCCUCCCUGCUCAGCGUCCUCCUGCCCAAGCUGCCCCAGUUCCACGGCGUGCGGCUCUUCGGCAUCAACAAGUACUGAGCCCCCCGCGCCCACCGCCCCCGGGGGCUGGGCGCACCAGCUCCUGCGUGCAGGGCUUCCCACGAGGGUUUUAGCAAGGUUCCUGCGUCUCCUGAGGGCUCCUCGCUGGGCCUUCAGCUCCUGCUGCUUUGCUGGAGAUGCGUGAGCUGGACGGGGCGAGCCGGGCAGGUCGCACACCCCCCCACACACUCCCUUGUGACCCCGUGGCAGUGGGGAAACACCCACCAGGGGAGAACUGUCAACCAGUGGGAAGAGCAACCACCCUGUGCCUCCUUCAUCCUCGUGUUUUGUGCAAUUUCACCGUCAUAAAGGCCCCCCAGAGCAGAGCAGCCUCCUCACAGCACAGCCCCCAGCCAGGAGAACACCCGCAGCCACCCCAGAGAGCGCCUGGAGCCAGCCCCCCGCCCCGCAGAGAAGGGGGACGCUUCUAAACCGUGCUUCAAGCUGGGAAAAGUGGUAAGAAAGAAGAACACGGCCGUUAAACCCCAGCUGCUCACACCUGGGAGUACAGAGGGUGGCAGGACGCAGGCAGGGCUUUUUUACGUGACUUCAUGUAAAAAGAAAUCCAAAUAAAAACGGCUCCUGGGCCUCAGCAUUAGGGAAA